UGAUUGGUGCAGAGUGGCAUCAAGGAAGAAUUGGCAAACAUGAUAGCCCCGGUAACGGUUAGGCCAAUCACACGGUGGCCAUUCUUUGCCUUCUUGGGUGGGGCCAUGUUUUGCCUGCUAGCGAGCAGCACGUGUCACUUGCUGUCCUGCCACUCAGAGCGCAUGUCCUACAUCAUGCUGCGUCUUGACUAUGCCGGCAUAGCUGCUCUCAUCUCCUCCUCCUUCUACCCUCCGGUCUUCUACUCCUUCAUGUGCCACCCCUUCUUCUGCAACCUCUACCUCUCCCUCAUCACCCUUCUCGGAAUAGCGACUAUCAUCGUCUCCCUCCUCCCGGUUUUCCAAAACCCAGAAUACCGCUCCUUCCGGGCUGCCAUGUUUUUCACCAUGGGCGUUUCUGGUGCGGGCCCCAUCCUGCACAAGCUCGUCCUGUAUCACGACCAGCCCGAGGCGGUCCACACGACCAGGUAUGAGGUUCUGAUGGGUGCGCUUUACGGGAUCGGUGCCCUGGUGUACGCGCUGCGUGUUCCAGAGAGGUGGAUGCCCGGCAAGUUUGACAUUGCCGGCCACAGUCACCAGCUGUUUCACGUGCUGGUGGUGGCGGGGGCUUAUACACAUUACCGCGCGGGAUUGGUUUAUCUCGGGUGGCGGGACCUACAAGGAUGCUAGAGAUUUUACUUGCAGGGUAAAAAGGUGGCUGUAUGGUUAAAUGUUAAUCGUCCCCCAUCUUCAUCGCCACAUUCAAGCACUAGAGAAAAAUUUCUUUCGCCUGUCCUCCUCCAUCGAGUGAAAUCUGCGAUUUCUUAGAUUUGUUCAAUGAUUUACCAAGAGCUAAAGUAGAAACUUCCAUCUUCAUCCCGGAUCCAUCUCCGAUGCAAGUCAACUAAAGGAUCCAUCUUCCAUCUCCGCGAAGGAAAACCUGCAAAUUAGGUAUGUU